CCUCAGGUGUACAUUAAUAAAAAAAUUCAAAAUUCCUCAAUAAUGAAUGAAGACAAGCCUCUUAGUCUGACAUGUCUCGUUCGGGGAAAUCCCACCCCAAAAGUCACCCUCAAAAAUCUCACUGGUGACAAGAUCAUUGGAGAAAACCCUUUAUACUUCACUUUCAAAACAGUUGCAAAGUGUUCUGACACUGGCACUUACAGCUGUCAAGGAAAAUCAACUGAGUUUGGAAGCAGGAAUCAAUCAUUCCACAUCAAUGUUUCCUGUGCCCCCCGCCUCGAUGACUCCAUCUUAUUCAAAAGCAUAUAUGGUUCCAAGAGUGGCCCGAACGUUAACGUUGAUGUAAGUUUGCCCGUUAUUGCAAAUCCCUUAACAUCUACAUCAGAGUUCAGUUGGUCAGGACCUACAUCUGAGUCUAUAUCGAUUAAAGUUUCACAAAGAGAUAACGUUAUCUACAAACACUGGAUCAACAGCACCAUCCCUGUUCCUACAAAAAGAUCCUUUGGAAACUACACCCUGACGUACAAAGGAGAAGUCUUCGUUGAAAUAACAAUUAACGCCGAAGAUAAACCACAUCCACUUUUGAACUUUUCAUGGUAUUCCUACGCUAGUGGAUACAUCAACCUUACCUGGGUAUCAAACUUUAAUGGAGGACCAGAACAAUUCUUUAUCUUGUCAAACAAAGAGGGGUCCAGCUGGACAAUUGUUAAAAAUCUAACAGACCCUGGUGAAGGUAACAUGGGAUAUUAUGAUCUAGGAUCUUUAUCCCCAGGAAUCGAAUACUUGUACAGACUGGAGAGCUGUAACAGAAUCAAUUGUUCUUUCAGCCCUAGGGAAGUUAAAGACAAAGUUCAAGCUCUACAUGUAUCUGCCUCGUCAGUUCUGUUCGGUAAUACUACAAUACUGAUUGUGACUGGAGCUUCUGUGGCUGGUUUUGUCAUUGUGUUGAUUCUGACCGUUAUGAUGAAGAUGUAUUGUAAAACAAAAAAGACAGUCUCGCAGAAAAGUAACAGUGAUGAAAGACUGAGUGGAUCCACAGAACAGGAUAAUACACAGCCGGAUGUUGUUGUUUAUGCUGCUGUUGACAAGAAUGUCCUGAUGAAGAACAGACAACAAGUUGACGUAGCAGAGAGUGAUGCCAUCAAGGAUAAAAAUGAUGACAAUGAAACCCUGUAUUCAGAAGUGAUAAAAAAGCCAAAAAUGCAUAACCAAACAGAUGCAAAUAAGGAAGAAAAGAGAAAGAAAAAUAAAGAAAAGGAGUUGCAAGGGAAGAAAGAAGAGACAGAAGCAUCUAACAGGAAUGACGAUUCACGUACAAUGAAUCAAGACGGUUUAGUUUAUAUUGAUGUUGAAUUUGCAAAAAAGCCCCAAAGUUCAGACACAAAGGGGAGACCAGUCAUACACGGAGAAGAAGAAAGAACGGAGUAUACGUUCGUGGAUUUUUCCCAAAAAGGACCUCCAAAAAAAGAACCACAAGAUAACGUUAAGUAAUCGUCUGCAUUAGGAAAAUGGCCAAAAAUUUACCCUAAUAAAUCCAGAGACCGCUUAAAUUUAAAUAUUUAGAAAAAUAUUAUUCU